AUGGGGAGGGCGCCGUGCUGCGACAAGGCGACGGUGAAGAAGGGCCCCUGGUCGCCGGAGGAGGACGCCAAGCUCAAGGCCUACAUCGACGAGAAUGGCACCGGCGGCAACUGGAUCGCCCUGCCGCAGAAGAUCGGGCUGAAGAGGUGCGGCAAAAGCUGUAGGCUCAGAUGGCUCAACUAUCUGAGGCCAAACAUCAAGCACGGCGACUUCACAGAGGAAGAGGAACACAUCAUUUGCAGCCUCUACAUUAGCAUCGGCAGCAGGUGGUCGAUCAUCGCGGCGCAGCUGCCGGGCAGAACGGACAACGACAUCAAGAACUACUGGAACACCAAGCUCAAGAAGAAGCUCCUCGGCAAGCGCGCGCCGUCCCGCCGCCUGCAGCGCGCCAACCAAGACGCGCCGAUGCCCUACUCCUACCUGGCGGCGGGCGGCGGCAGCGCCAGCAGCAGCGGGAACGCUAGCGGCACCACCGCGGCACUCAGCUCGUCAGCGCUGGAGCGGAUCCAGCUCCACAUGCGCCUGCAGGGACUCUACAGCGCGUUUGGCUGCGGCGCCAGCAACGCGCCGCCGCAGUGGCCGAAGCUCGAGCCACCGACGGACGCGGUUGCCAUGACGACUGUCAGUCACGGUCACUCCCUUGCUGCCGCGGACGUCGUGGAAGCCGAGCAACAGCUAAACCCUUCCGCUGGAGCGAGCUACGACAUGCCGGUGCCGGGCGGUUUCGAGGAGCGAUCCGCCUCCAAGCUAGGGUUUGGCUCUGCUGCCGGCGAGGCCGCUGGAGUGGCCAGUACCGUCGAGAUGAGCUCGGCGUCAAUGGUAGGCGGUGGCUUCGGCUACGGCCACGUCGACGAGCUGUACGACUUCCUCUACAGCAAGCAGCUUGCCGCGGCCGGAGCCUUUCAAGGCGGAGUUCCUCCCCUGCCGGAGCUGCAGUGCCCGGAUGGCGGCGCCGUCGUUGGUGCCGACGAGAAGUUCUCCACGUGGAUGGCGUCUUGCGAUCACUAUGUUCCUACGACCGGCGGCCAGCAGCUCCAGCUCCAAGGUGGAAACUCAAUGAAUCUGCAGGAUUUCGUUUUAGGGUAUGAUCAAUAA